GCCGUUCUGUAUUUACCUCUGUUCCCCUUCCAUCGAUCCAUUCAAACCCUAACUGAUUUGAGUACUAUAUAUAAUAAGGCUUGGAAUUACCCCUUUUCUUUCGUCGAUUCCAAUUAUUAUUGCGCCCACAUGUUGGCGAAUUCGGCAUAAACAAGAAAUUUGUUUACCUUUCUGUUUAAAUCUUUUGUAUAUUUCUUUUGGGUGAGAUGCUAUCGGGCUCGAAAAUUGAAGGCGGGACGCAGAACAUAUCACCUGGACUUAGAAUGACGAUAGAGACUCUGAAAGAAGUUGCCAAGGGUCACUCUGAAGACGAUAUCUAUGCCACUCUCAAAGAGUCUAACAUGGACCCAAACGAGACAUUCCAGAAAUUGUGUCAUCAGGAUACAUUUCAUGAAGUAAGGAGACGAAGGGAUAGAAAAAAAGAGGUGGUGAAUGAGCCUAGUGUGCACAUUGAGAGAGCAGGGCAUAAGAUUCAAGAGGACAGAAAAGAAUUUGAAUCUGCUAAUGUAAAUCUGAAACCCAACACUUAUUUGCAUCGUAAUAUUCGAAGAGGGCCAUACAAGCGGAAUCCUUUGUCUGGCACUAGAGUUAACAGAGAAUUCCGUGUUGUGAAGGACAAAAGGAUAAACCACGAUACAGAUAAUGACACUUUAGGUCCUGCUCUCUCUGAACCAGCAAUGCCUGCUUCUUUGGCAAGCUCAAAAGGGAGUUCAAAGAACAAGGUGACUGUUGGGGAUGAUUCUCAUGCUAAUAUUACUGCAAAUAAUGGAAAUUUAAAGAUGGGAGCAAUGAAGCAACAUGUUUCUAAGCCACGUUCUACAACAUCAUCAAACAAUUCUGUAUUAGGAGUUUACUCCUCUUCAACAGAUCCUGUUCAUGUACCGUCUCAUGGUUCCAGAUCUGCCACUAAUGUGGGUGCCAUUAAACGUGAUGUUGGAGUGGUAGGCGCCCGUCGCCAGUCCACGGAAGCUAAUAAUAAACCUUCAUCGUCACAGGGUGGUUUGUCUUCAAAUUAUCAUGCUGGGCAACACCGUCCACCUUCUAGAGGAAAUCCACGCUCUUUUGGUUCUUUUUCCAAAAGUGAUCAAAAUGCUGCCUCUGUUCCAUCAAGCCAUCCAAAUGGGAGAUCUUUUAGUAGUUACCAGCACAAUUCCAGGCCAAAUCAAUCCGUGGUCCAUCAGAAAAGUGCUCAACCGAGUAAGGAAUGGAAACCUAAGGUGAGCCAGAAGUUAGUUGCUGACGCCUCUGAGCCUUGUGAGAAACCUGGCAAAUCUGCUGCUCCAGCCAGCAGUAGACCUAACCACAUCGAAGAAGAGACAUCCAAAUUGCAGGAUAAAGUAUCAAGGGUAAACAUAUCUGAAAAUGUAACCAUAGCUCCACAUCUUCGUGUUUCUGAGAGUGAGAAAUAUCGCUUGAACUUCGGCUGUUUGGAUGCUGAUUUUAUACCUUCUAAAACUUCUGCUGAAGAACAAAAAGUUGAGCGCUCCGAAAGUUUGUUCGUUUCGGUUUCUGAUGGUUUGAUUGAAGAGCCUGGUGCUGACAGCAAUGAGUUGGUUUUGGGCAAGGAUAUACCCCAAAAUUCAGGAUCCAGUUCACCUGUGCCAGGUUCAAUAUCUGUGCCUCCCCAGAUUGAUAAAAAGGAAUCUUCAGCUCCUUCGGAGUUGGAUAACUAUUCUGAUCUUGGCUUGGUUCGAGAUGCUGCCACUUCAUUUGAGCCACAAAGGCACCCAGAUGCCUCUGAUUUAUCAAGUUUUUCUCAGGUCUACGAUCCUCAAACUGGCUAUGAUUUGACUUAUUUCAGACCAAAUACAGCCGAUGAAGCUGUAAGGGGACAUGGUUUACUCUCAUCCCAAGAGGCUCUCAUUUCACACACUGGUAAUAGUAUUCCUUCAUCUUCGAUUGGAAUGGUACCGCAAGUACAGCAGCAGCAGCAGCAAGCAGUAGCUCAGAUGUACCCACAAGUUCAUCUUCCUCACUUCACAAGUAUUAUGCCGUACAGACAAUUCAUUUCCCCUGUUUAUGUCCCUCCAAUGGCUGUGCAAGGCUACUCUGGUAAUCCUGCCUUUUCACAUCAUCCCUCUAAUGGCAGCAGUUAUGUGCUGAUGCCCGGCGCCACUUCCCAUUUGAGUGCUAGCGGGGGCCUCAAGUAUGGGAUGCAGCAAUACAAACCUGUCCCUGCCGGGGGUGGCCAAACAGGUUUUGGAAGUUUUACUAGUCCUACAGGCUAUGCCAUGAAUGCCCCUGGUGUUAUUGGCAAUGCUACCGGACUAGAUGAUUCAGCUAGGCUCAAGUUCAAAGAUACCAACUUAUAUGUUCCAAAUCCUCAGGCUGAGACGUCGGAGAUAUGGAUGAAUGCAAGGGAGGUGGUGCCGAAUAUGCAGACGGCAUCAUACUUCAACAUGCCAGGUGGACAAGCACCGCCGCAUGCAGGGCCCGCUGCCUAUAUGGCCUCCCCCCACGGUGGCCACCCUUCUUUCAACACCGCUGCUGCAGUUGCUCAAUCCUCACAUAUGCAGUUUCCGAUGUAUCAUCAUCAACCGCCACAACCCGCCAUGAUAGGCAAUCCCCACCACCAUAUGGGUGGCGGUGCGGUGGGCGGCAAUGUUGGAGUUGGUAUUGCAGCGGCGGCGGCAGCAAACCCGGGCGGGGCAUAUCAGCAACCUCAAUUAGGUCACCUGAAUUGGACAGCAGGCAACUUUUGAACUUUGAAAAAAAAACAGAAAGUUGAUUGGUAUUUUCAUGUAAGUUGUUUUGAUUGUUUUCCAACUUGUAAAAUAAGCACAAAAAAACUUUCCAAUCCAAUCAAAAUCAAUGGAGAGAAAGCUCAACAAAAGGGCCAAAAUAGCCCGAAUGCCUCAAGCCUUUUGUUCCACUAUGCUGUACUGUUCAUCUUUUUCUUGACAUGUAAUGUUAGGGCACACCACCUUUGACACACUAAUGUAUCUUAGAGAACACUCUCACCUGUUUUCUGUCAGAAUUGGUGUGCCUGAAAACAGAUUUUAUUUAGAUAAUGGUUAGUCUAAUUUGUCAUCUGCCUCGGUCAACCGAGCCGCGAAACCUGAGAAACGGCCGUGCUUGUAGGAAUACAACAUGGCUUGACUU